GAGCCCAAUAACAUCGACAACUGUUAGGUUAAAAAACGAAGCAAUCAAGUGGGUCGAAUCGAGAGUAAAAAGGGUCUGUUUUCAUCGUCAUCACUUGGUCAGUCGUCUUCACCGCUUCAUCUUCUCUUCUUCUUUUGCAGAUAUGGAUGUUACUGAUGUGGAAAUAGGGAAGGAUGAUAAAAUGGAGGUUGAUUCCUUAACGAGUAAGGAAAUUCAAGACAAGCAGCAAGAAGACACGCAUUUGGAGGCUCAAAAUUGCGGCAAAGCGGAGAAAGAUCAGAAGAGUAUUGAUAUUGUGACGAAUUCAGGCGCCCAUAGUAAUAUUCUGGGAGAGAAAAUUGAUAGCAAGUAUACUGCGGAGAGUCGGAAUAUUUUUGGAGAGAAAUUAAUUGAGAAAGAAAAGAAUUUGGGUAAAAGUCCACAAAAAUGCGCUAUAUUACCUUGCGGCGGUGGGGCUGAUCAGAUGGGCUUGGGAGAAAACAAAGUUGUUGAUGCUUUUAAGAACGCCACACCAGAGACUGGAAAUAAACGAAGUACUUCCCAUCCUGCUGCUAAUCAAGUCGAACCAAUGACACCCGUCGCUAGUGAGACAUUCAAGGUUCAAGUUGGGGAUACCACCGAUAUAAAGAUGAUUGAGGAUGCAGAAACUGGGACACCUGAGGAACAAGCAGCAUUCAUGAAGGAACUAGAGACUUUUUUCAGAGAGAAGGGAACCGUUUUUAGACCUCCUAAAUUUUAUGGCAAGCUAUUAAAUUGCCUGAAGUUAUACAGAGCUGUGAUUAGACUCGGUGGUUAUGAUCGGGUCACUGCAGCCAAAUCGGUUUGGCGGCAAAUAGGAGAAUCUUUCAACCCCCCAAAGACAUGCACAACUGCUGCUUAUGCAUUUCGCAUUUUCUAUGAGAAGGCACUUUUAGAGUAUGAAAGGCAUAAGAUGAAAAUUGGGGAGCUCCAACUCGCUCUUCCAUCUGUUCCUGUGCCUCUAGCAGCAACGAAUGUGACGACAGGUUCAGGUAGGGCAAGAAGAGAUGCCGCAGCUCGCGCGAUGCAGGGAUGGCAUGAACAGCGUCACUAUGGCUAUGGUGAGAUAGCCGAGCCAAUCAUUAAGGACAAGAACAUCAACAACAUGGCAAAACGCGAAAAAUUUGUGAAAAACAAUGGUUCUGUAAAAAACAAGAGACAAAAGGAAGUGGAGCAUCCUGUGAAAGCUGCACGUAUGGAAACAUCUAAGCAACUGGUCAGUACAGUUAUUGAUGUUGGUCCUCCUGCUGAUUGGGUGAAGAUCAGUGUAAGAGAGCAUAAGGAUUGUUUUGAGGUCUAUGCUUUAGUCCCAGGUUUAUUGCGGGAGGAGGUUAGAGUGCAAUCAGAUCCAGAAGGACGACUUGUCAUAACUGGUCAGCCUGAGCAGCGCGAUAAUCCAUGGGGGAUCACUGCCUUUAAGAAGGUCAUCAGCUUACCUGCAAGAAUUGAUCCACUUCAGACAUCAGCAGUUGUUGGCCUGCAUGGACGACUCUUUGUUCGUAUCCCAUUUGACCGGUCCAUGUAAAUCUAAGUUUCAGUACUGUGGUAGUGUGAUAUGGAUAAAUCUUAGAUGAUCUUUAAUGUAAGCUCUAGGGUAGCAGAGCUUUUACCGACUAAUUUUAGGUCUUGUUUGUGUUUUUCAACUUCUAGGCUGCCAAGGAGGUUUUUUUGGCAAUUUGCCGCCCCGAUAGGUUGAUGGUUUUAGUGUGUAACUAAUGACUAAAUUUGUUUCUCUUUA